AUGUAUGAACAGAUUGCCUUCCGCGCGAAUCGAACUCAGAACCCGCCCGGCGCCAAGCCUACCGAUGCGGUCCUCAUGCCCACCAAGACUGGGGUUAGGGUCGGGGCUAUUAUAUUGAGCACCAGCCCCGCUCGUCUCUCUCCCUCUUUUUCCAUCCGCCACCAGGCGAUGUCCGCCCUGCUCAGCUCGCUGUUGACGACAACAUACACAAUAUUUAACGACACUACUGGGAAAGACGAUGAAGUCAAUAUGUUGGCACCAAACGACACAGCAAAGCUCGCCGUUAUGUUGGCCAUCCUAGCCGCCUCCCUGGUCGCUGUUUCAUUUCCAGCUAUUAGCGGGUCAGGCCUCAUUCGAACACCGGAUCUUUUGUUUUUCAUUGGAAAGCAUUUGGGUACCGGUGUGAUAUUAGCGACGGCGUUCAUACAUCUGUUGCCUGAUUCAUUUUGUGCACUUUUGUCCGAUGCUGUGAAGAAGGAGUAUGGCGACGUUGGAAAGUGGACUGGGCUCAUCAUAUUGGCAUCGCUGCUGGCGAUAUUCUUGGUUGAAUACAUCUCCACCACAUACGUCGAUAGGUUACAGGCCAAACCUUCAGCACCUUCCACACCAGCAGAAACCCCUUCAUUAGCGUCCACUCCUCUGCCUUUGGCCGUUUCAGGCUGCCCAACCCCAGUACUUGGACAAGACCCGACAGUGAUCCUGCCUUUCCUCACCAAUACCCCCAAAAUCCUGCGGUUACAUUCAAACGUGUGCGUCUGUCAGGCGGGCAUUUGCCCUGGAGCCUGUGUCUGCGUACCUGCACCUCCCAAGACCCCUGAGCCAGUGCAAGAAGAGCGUCAGGAACGAACUGAAGACCAUCACGAACCUCUCCAUGAUCACCGGCACCACCAUCACCACCAAGAGGAGAUACGCGUGGGGAGGCGGAGGCAGAUUGUUGGAAUUUUUGUCCUCCAAGUUGGCAUAAUGAUCCACUCGUUAGUUAUUGGCCUUACUCUCGCAGUCACGACAGGGGCGGACUUCACUUCGUUAACCACCGCUGUUCUAUUCCAUCAACUCUUCGAAGGACUUUCUCUGGGCAUUCGAAUUGCAGCACUCCCGCCCGCAAAACACAAGAAGGACAAGGCCCAAAACGACGAAGAAAACGCGCAGUCAAUCGAGUCGAUUCAUUCAAGCGAUGACACAGCAGUUUCGCCCAUAGAGCUUGCCCCCACCCCGCAAGCCGAGGUCCCUGUUCCACUUCUCGCUGAGGGGUCUCCUUCCAGUAACGACUCGUCAGCACCACUUCUCUCCAAACGCCAAAGUCGAGACUCGUUGGGGAUCCGUGAGGAAUCUACUAGGAAGGAGGCAUGCCGCUCACAAGCACGACCACCACCACCAGCAUCAUCACGCCUCCAAUGGGUAUGGUUCCACCUCAGCGUCAACCCAAUGACGACGCCGGCAGGGAUGGCAAUCGGCAUGGUGGUCCUCAAGAACCAGAAGUCCUCUGAGGAAGCUCCUCUGAAACUCAUCCAGGGCUUGAUGUCGGCUGUGUCGGCUGGGAUGCUUAUCUAUGUGGCGACUGUAGAGAUGAUUGCUGGUGACUUUGUGUUUGGAGAUGUCGAAGGUGGACAUCACCAUGGUCCUGGUCACCACCACCAUCAUCACCAUCAUCACGACCACCACCACCACGAUGCGCAUGGUCAUGGCGAAGGACGAGGAGACGAGCCUGAAGAUGAGCCCAGGCCAGCGAGCCUGGCGAAGAAGGCGUUGGCGGUCGUGAGUUUGUUGGCGGGGGUAACCGCGAUGGUUCUUAUUGGACUAUCGGAGUGA